AUGGCGGAACUCGACGCUGAGGGUCUGGAGGCACUGAAGGCGAAGGGCAAGGGCAAGUGGAAGGGAAAGAACGGCCGUGGCGACGCUGCAGAAGGACGGCCAAGGAAUGCUCCUUCUGAUAGUGUGGAUGAUUUGUUUGACUCGAAGUGA